GCGCAGGCGCGGCGGGCCGAGCGUGCGCGCGCAGCCCCGCGGGAAGGCUAACUUGGGGCGUGCGGGACGCCUGAGCGGGUGCGUCGGGUGGUCGUGCACGCGAGGGGGCGUGGCCGACGAGGUGCCCGCAGGACCCCUCGGCUCCGGCUGCGUCAGGCUCGGAUCUCCGCGGCGGGGUGGCUGUAGGAUCCGGCCCUCGGAAGUACGCCCCUCUGCCUGCUGUUCCUCAGCGGAUCCUCUGACCCUGGCGGCCCCUCCUGGCGCAGUCUUAGGACUGCAUUUACCCACAUGGCAGCCCUGUUCCCACCACCGCCUGGUCCCAGAUUCGUCCUCCGAGGCGCACAGUCAGCUGUGAACACGCUCCAUUUCUGCCCACCAUCCCAAGCUGCAGAGGAUCCACUCCUUUUCUCCGGGUCUCAGAAUGGCCUAGUACACAUCUGGAGCCUACAGACUAGAAGAAGAGCUGCCACUCUAGAUGGCCAUGGGGGCCAGGGUGUAAUCUGGCUGAAGACACUCCCACAGGGACAGCAGCUCCUCAGUCAGGGCCGGGACCUGCGGCUGUGCCUGUGGGACUUGGCAGAGGGCAGGAACACCGUGGUGGACUCAGUUCAUCUGGACAGUGUGGGCUUCUGCAGGAGCUCCAUCCUGGUCAGGGGACAGCCGUGCUGGAUGCUUGCGGUGCCAGGGAAGGGCAGCGAUGAGGUUCAGAUUCUGGAGAUGCCAUCCAAGACGUCAGUGUGCACCCUGCAGCCGGAGGCAGGUGCCAAGCCAGGCAUGCCCAUGUGCCUGGGGCUGUGGCAGAGUAACUCCAGUCUCCGCCCCCUCCUCCUGGCUGGCUAUGAGGAUGGAUCGGUGACCCUGUGGGACAUCUCAGAGCGGAAGGUGUGCAGCCAAAUCACCUGCCAUGAAGAACCUGUCAUGGGCCUCGACUUCGACUCUCAGAAGGCCAAGGGCGUCUCUGGCUCUGCCGGGAAGGCACUGGCUGUCUGGAGUCUGGGCGAUCAGCAGUCCCUGCAGGUGAAGAAGACUCAUGAACUCACCAAUCCUGGAGUUGCCGAAGUCACCAUCCGGCCAGACCGCAAGCUCUUAGCCACAGCAGGCUGGGACCAUCGCAUCCGAGUGUUUCACUGGAGGACAAUGAAACCGCUGGCUGUUCUGGCUUUCCAUAGCGCUCCUGUGUACUGUGUGGCCUUUGCUGCUGAUGGUUUGCUUGCUGCAGGGUCCAAGGACCAGCGUAUCAGCAUCUGGUCACUUUACCCACGCCCAUGACUUACCCGUGGGACACUGCUGUUUAAUUCCAGUCUUGACCCAGCCCUGUGGAAGAUCUUCAAGUCCCUCUGAGGACAGCAAAUUGUGGAUCCCAAAGAUCCAUGGGAUCCACUUUCCUUGGUGAAGUUCCCUGUUCUUUUUGUGAUUGUCAUUCGGAUGAUAGGCAGCUGGCACCUAUAGGUUGGUAACAGGCAUAGCUUAGACCUGGUAGGGUGGCCAGACUGAAGAUAUUUGACAAUAAAUUUCCCAUUGCCAACCUAAAGCCUCAAGGUUGGAACUUUCCACAGGUAUUCCCGUGUUCUCCCCCUUAGAGGAGAGCAUUUAGCUUGCCCGGCAGGCCCAUCGUCAGCCUUGCACAAGGCAGUGGUUCUGGGUGCAGGUGCUUAGUGCUUGGCCCUGGGAGGCUGUCAGUCUCACAGUGACCGUACCCUCUGGCACACUGCCCCAAAUGUGUUCAGGAACUCCUGACAUCCAGGGCAUGAGGAAUGGAUGAAACUGGGCUCCCUAAAGAGAGAGGCAAGAAAGAGUUCAUAAUGGGGUGACCAUGGUAGUCAGGGAAAGAGAGACAUGUAGAACGCAGCAUAAGGCCAGACAGAAGACCAGGAAAGGGGGCUCCAGCGUCUGACAGUAUAAGGUAGAGGGACAGCCUGUCUUCCCUCUGUGAACCUGCAGGAGGCCAGGGAAAGCACCGAGACAGGCCACCAGCUCGGCCUGUAGCGCCCAGGCUGCAAGCACAGCCACGCGGAUCUGGUGUCAAGGUCUUCAGAGUCAGGAGUGAGUGCCUGAUGCCUCGUUCAGCGGGCGGCGGGCGGUGAGCAGUAAGUUAGUUAGACCCAGCUCACCAAGCUGGUGCCAAUGGGGUGGCGGACUGUAAAGGUGAGAAUGCAGGUAGGGGUUGUAGACCUUUGACCUUUCUCCUUCCAUCACUGCCAGAAAGAAUCCUGUGCCCCGAAGAACCAGAGCGCCCCAAGUGCUGCCCUGCUGGGCACUGCUGGCCUUAGAGUCCCAACUGCCCUUUACACACAGCCUGCUGAAGCCGGAUGUGUCCAUGCUGAAAGAAUCAUAGCUCAGCCUGCUGUCCCCAAGCUGGAGAGCUCAUGUGGGAGGCCAGGAGAGGAGUGUGUGGUCCAGGCAACAUACGUGCAUCAAGAACUAUGGCUCGUGUCACAGUGCCAGGGCCCGAGAAAGCUGGUUGGACUGGUGCUAAGUUAGUGAGAAGCCAGGUGGAGGACGGGAUCCAAUGGUUGGAAGAUCGGAACGUGGCCCGUUGUGGGUGGGCUGGGAGGAUGUGCCGUCUGCCCCAGACUGAGGGAGAAGGUUGUCAGGGGAGCCAAGCAUCUUCAGAGGGCUUCAUGGUUGCUCCUCUCAGCCUGUGCACCUGUGAAGGAUAUGACUUGAUGAUAAGCACAUGCGCACAGAGGCCCUGGCUCCAGCCAAGGCCCUGGGAUAUUACAACCACAGCUUUCCUCUUGGAAUCUCUAGAUGCAGUGGGUCACUAGCUCGCUGCCCCAUAGUGGGAAUGUUCCUUGCAAUAGGCUAUGAGUUAGGAGCCUCCCUCAGUAGAACCUGACCAGUAGAGCUCUGACAGGCUGGCUUUCCUGGAGUCCCUAGAAAUGGCGUGGACCAGCUCGGUAGACUUAGUGAGAAGUCACGCCAGAAGCAUGUAGACUUAGUGAGCAGGUCAACCCAGGUCACAAGCACGGGCCUCUUAUUCCCUUUGAAGGAAGCGCCAGCCAGACACUGCUCAUCCUUCUCCCAGAAUCCCCGGGGGGCCUGCCACCGAGUGCUCUAUUUUAGUCCCGUGGGGCGGGGGCAUGGGUAGGUUGGUUGCAGGGAAAUUGAUGAGCCCAUCUAUGAGUGGGAAAGGUAGGCAGUUCUUGUCUGUGGCCAAACCCUGCUGUGAUAUCCAGGCAGCACAGAGCAAUGCUGCCCCAUUGAGCUUGUGUAGACCAAUAUGGCUGCCUCAGGAACCCUAGCACCAGAAGUGUCAUCUCACACAAGCUCUGCCAAACCUUCCCCGCCCUUCCUUGUCACACACCGGGAGGUGGUCACCAGUGCGUAUCUGCCCAUAGGUUUUCUAGGCUCCAUCUGUACAUGAGCUGGUGGUGUAUGGCUGUUUCCUCCAAAGUGGAGCAUGCUCUCCUUCCAAGGAAGGAGGCUUAGAAGACUUGGUUCUGAGAUUCUCAGGGCCCUUGACCAGUUAUAAAAGGCAGUAACAAUUGCUGGGGAGAGGUUCUCUCCAGUGGACUGCCUACAAGCUGGGCUAGGAGCUCCAGGGAUGCAGCUUCUGUGAGAGGUCCCCAGGACUGGCCUGGGUGAUCUCAGGUGUUAUGGAGCUGCCUGUGCUACCCCAAUAAAGCCAUUGGUUCACCA